CAGCGAACCGAAUGACAAACAUGAACGAGAUGCCAAGUGUAGACACAAGCGUAACAUUUUUGUUUUCAGUGGCAAACAAAAAUCCACAAUCGAACUUGGAAAUGCCAAGCCUUCUGGAGGAACCUAAAAGUGUUGUGAUGGCUCACUUUCCUAAGAAGAGGCCCCUGUCUGAGGGGAGUGAUGUGAACUCUCCCAGCAACACAGACAGUUCUUCUGAUAGAUGCCCUCCUGAGGAGGAUGUGGCUGCUACAUCAACCAGAUCCCAGAGUGAGGAGAAUGAGAACCACCAAUGUAAGAAGAGGCACCUAUCACUGUCUGAGGGAGGGGAUCCUGUGUACCAUGAGGAUGAUGUGAACCCUUCCACCAACACAAACGUUUUUUCUAACAGAGGGCCUCUUGAGGAGGAUAUGGAUGCUAAUUCAACCAGUAAGGGGAUUGAGAUCCACCAGAGAGGAAGCCCCAGUCCUGCUUUCAUCAACAUUCCAGCUCAGUCAAUGGACCUCCCAAAUCAAGUUGAAAACAAAUUACGUGAUACAUUUGACCUUCUACAAACAAAAGUUUGCAUUCAUCUUAAAGUUACAUGGCCAUUCUUAAAGUCAACUGGUGAUGUGUUUGUUGCAAUUCUGGAACCUAACAAUAUAGAGAAUAUGGAAAACAAACCUCGAAUAAUAAUUAGUCAUACCAAAGAGUUACUUCUUACAAAAAUAAUGUUGGAAAACGAAGAGCAAUUGCAAAAUACAACGUUGUCUAUAUAUUCGCUCAACUCCCCUUCGCAAAUUACAGGUCAUAAAAUAAUGGAUUUAGCAGAACUGAACAAGUAUGGCUUAACAGGGAUUUUUACGGACUGUCGGACGGAAAACCAAAACAUCCCAAAUCAUUUUGAAAACAUUUCUGAAUUUCUUGAUAAGUUCUACUCAUUACAAACAAAAGGUUGCAAGCAAAAGUUUGAUACGCAACAUGCAUGGGCAUUUAUAGAGUCACCUUGUGGUGGAGAACCGGUUUUUGUUGGUUUAUUUAAAUUAGAAGAUUGCAAGAAGAUGGGUAUGGGCAAACAUUUAAAUAUUCAUACCGAAAAGUUACUUCUUGAGGAAGUAAAACAAAUAUUGAAAAACAAUGAGAAAUUGCGAAAUACUAAAUUGUUUAUCUAUACGCUCAAUUCUCCUUGUUUGCGAAAUUCAGGUCAUGAGUCAUGCAUGGAUUUACUGAUUAAGGAUUCAGCAGAACUGUACAAAUCGUAUGGUAUAAAAACGAUUGUUGGAUACAGCAAAUGGUAUGGUUUGACUGGAAAGUUGAUGACCUUUGUAGAUCCAUAUAUCAGCUCAUUCAAUCACUUUAAUUUGAUAAUCAGUAGUCCUACUUAUGAAAACUAUUGUGACAAAUUUGUCAAUAAGAAAAGCCAUGACUCUAAAUCUAAUUUUGAAGACAGAAAACUUCCCAAGCAACUUUAUAUUUCGAGUAAACAAUUUCUGCCCAACAACAUUUCAGAAGUAGCUUUCAGAUUGCAAACUGAUAAAGACAUCCAUAAGCAUGUGACAAAUAAAUUUAUGUCAAUUAGCAAUUAUCAUAAAAAAAUGUUUAAAACCGAUAAGAAAAAAAGUCUUGACCUACAUUUUUCCAUACCCCAUUUUAGAACUCUUAAUCAAUUCCAAAAAGUUGGAGAGUAUCUAGCUGAAAAAUUUGACUUGAUAAAACACAUUGGUAAUAACUUAGAUCGAUCUAAAGUAAAUUUCAUAAAAUGGUGGACUAAAACAAUUGAGGACGAAUAUACUACUUUUCUUCGAGUUUCCAUUAAUAGACAUCUCAGUGAAGAUGAACACAGAAUCACAGUCCUCAAUCACAUCAAGAAAAACCCUGCAGAAUAUUUACAGUUUUGUCACUUACCACUAAGCCCUUUCCACAAACUAUUUAAUUAAUACAUGUAGCUUAUUCAUUUGAGGUUGUGAAAUAAUGUCACAGUGAGCGCUAUUGGUGGAGAAGUCAGGGGCAGAAGAGCAGGUGAAAAUCAUCACUCCCCAAUCAGUCAACAAUCAAUCAUCAAUCAGAAGACACACCUCCUCCUAUUUCCUACCCUAUCACAGUUCCUUCCCCAUGGUUUAAAAACCCCAUCAU